UUUAUGUCAACGUCUGUUCGUUUACAAUAAUGACAGAAGUAAUGAGAGGUUGACCUGAGCAGGUAGAGAGCCGCACUGUAGGACUUCCAGCGGGGAAGUUGACUUGUGCUUCUUGCGACGUACGAGCUUCACGUGCACAAAGAGAUGGGAUAAGUGAUGGCGCUGAUUAGUCAUUUUCCAUCCGCCGCGGCCAACUGUGCAGGACGAGAUUGUCUUCUGCUAAAAAGCGAGUGAAAUUGAGAGAUUGGAGAAGACGACACAGAGAGGAGCAAAUUGGGUAUAAGGUGGUCCCAUGAGUCCGCAAAAUAUCCAUCAUUCAGAUUGGAAGUUGUGGGUUCCGAUUGUGCUGAAAGUCACAGCUCUGCCGAUCUUGUUUUUAUCACCUGCUCGCUCCCACUGUUUGAAGCUGUGUAGGGACUCUGCUAGUGACAGUGUGCUGGCCUGCGCUCUUGAAUUGCUUCAUCCAGGCAUCGAGGAACGGCUCAACUCUAUCUCAGCUUUUCUUAUUGCCAGGUAGACGGCUGCUCAGUAGUCGGAACGUGUUGCGAUCGGGCAGUCUCUUUCUUUGCCAAAGGAUUCCGAAUCCUGCAGAAACCUUUGGCCCAUCAUACUCUCUCAUACUUAGACAUGGUAUUAUGAUUUCGCAACAUUCAUCAUCAAACUCUUCUACCACGGUUUAUCGAACCAAGACACAGAAAUAGGAAAUCUGUUAUCUACUUGCCCAAAACUAUAUUGCGUUCCUUACCUUUGCCGUAUCAGGAUAUUGAGACAAUGAGAAUGUUUAUUACAGAUUUGAGGUGAUGAAUUGAAUAAUGUCGCUGACGUGAAUUUGGAUGUAGAGCAAUCAAGUCAAGAGCUUCCACUACAGCAAAUAGAAAACUAUCCGAUUUCUGCGAUCUAGAGGCGGCUGUAGUUGUAACUCGACAUGCAGAACCUCAGAGGUGCUCAGUGGGCCAUCAUUUUGCUCGUCUGUUUGCUGGUGCCAAGGUUGAGCUACGCCAAAUCUGCAAUGUCCAAGAUAAAGAAGCCGUGCUUGAGUUUAUAGAUCAGUUUGACGAUCCAGACGGAGUUUUUUCACGUUGGGUCAGUGCAGCGAACUGCUGUGAGUGGAUUGGCAUCACCUGCGACGUCAACACCGGACGCGUUGUGCAGGUGGAAUUUUUGGCGCCUCCUCGUGAAGGAGAGAGCACCAACCCCAAGCGCAAACAGACAGUUCCAGCAGGGCAAGCAGGAGUUCCGUUGGCCCGUAUCUUAACCCUCACCCAUCUCAAGCUCGCCGACAUUCUGUUCGACGGUCCCAUCCCUUCUCAAUGGUCCAGUCUCACCAAUCUCAUGACCCUCACAGUGCAACAGUGCAACAUUCAAGGGCCAUUGCCUAAAGAGCUGGGAAGACUCUCCAAGUUGACGAGUUUGCAAACAAUCCUCAACUCCAUAUCUGGCCAUCUACCGAGCGAGUUCUGCAAUCUCACCAACCUUGAAUCUCUGAAUCUGGAAAAUAAUCAACUCGACGGUUUUCUUCCUUCAUGUAUGGUAACUUCGUGGCAGAAGAUCCAGUCGUUAUAUCUGGCUUCCAACAAGUUCACAGGACAGCUCUUCUCCAACAUCGGUGAUCUUACAGCACUAACGGAGCUGAGCCUGAGGGGAAACAAUUUUUACGGGACCAUUCCGAAGUCUGUCGGCCAACUUUCGAAUUUGAUAAAUCUAGACCUCAGUAAUAACAAGUUCAAAGGAGGCAUUCCUGACACCAUGAAAUCGUUACAACGCCUGCAAGAUCUCGAUUUCAAUGGAAAUUACUUCAAAGGUCGUGUCCCAGACUUCCUCUGGCAGCUCAACUCGCUUCUAUCUUUGGAUCUGAGCGACAACUACUUUAGUGGACCAAUUCCAUCUUCGCUAGGCAGAGCUCCAGUUCUUAGCAGGGUGAAGUUGGGCAAGAACUAUCUCUACGGCCCGAUUCCCGGGAGUCUGGGAAAUCUCAAGGGGCCAGGGAUUCUCAAUUUCUCUUCCAACUAUCUCAGCGGACUGAUUCCUGCAGCCAUUGGCAAUUUCUCGACGGGAUCCAUCGACUUCUCUAACAACUAUUUGACAGGUGAUUUCCCCCUCUCGCUCGCUGCACUUACCAGUGUUGACCUCUCGUACAACAAGCUCACUUCCAGCUCCAGUGGUAGCAUGCCAGCAGAGGGGAGUGAGAAUCUGCUCUUCCUGAGGUUGAGAUCCGCUUCUCUCCAGGGCCCUGUACCUUCGUGGCUGACAGGCCUGAAUAAGCUUCUGACUCUGGACAUUUCCGACAACAAGCUCACCGGUCCCAUUCCAGACAAGCUGUUGGAGUUGGCCAUCGAGCUGAACUUUUCCAAUAAUCCUCUCAACGCUUUGUUACCUCCUGCGCUUCAGGGAGUGGACUCGCCACUGCAGGUCUUGGAUCUUCACAACUGUGCGCUGUAUGGGCCCAUCACCUCGAGCUUUUUCACAACUUUCAGAACUGCUUUCAUCCUUGACUUGUCCUUCAAUAAGCUCUCCGGCCCUCUGCCUUCGAACAUAGGCAGCGUCUUAAACCCCGGCAUCAACUACCUAGAUCUUUCAGACAAUCAGCUUAACGGCACCGUUCCGGGAGAGCUACAAGGGAAUGGCUACGAAUUCCUCCAGUUUCUUGACCUUUCCAAUAAUCAAUUCACAGGAAAUGUUCCUACAAGACCUUGAGUGAAGGAUUUCAGCGAUGAUUCGGAGCCUCUACUUUAUUCCAUCCCUGGCUAUGGAGUGGCUGGAGAGAAGCACUCAUGGUGAUUCUACCACUCCAAGUACCCUCCUUUCCCGUGGGACUUGGAUUGGUAUGGACCUUCCACAUUCUCUUGACCAGUUUUUGCUAGAUAUAGAUAAUCCCAAGUGAAAUAAAGGUGGUUUUUUACAGACAACAAAAUGUACAAUGUCCAUCUCUCUUUCAAUAUCAUGUAUUUUACUCUUACCGACAAAAGGCAUAAAA